UACAAUUCGCACUCGAUAAAGUUUAUUAACAGACAGCUAAAACCCUCCUCCUCCGCCCCGAAAAUGGCAUCUAUCCCACUCCUACGCCUCUCCCUACCACUCCACCACCGCCAACACAGCGGACCCACCGCCCUACUCCUCCCUCACCCGCUCAAACACACACUGAUUUCACCACCCAGCCUCCGCCAAGCACCCCGAAAGACAACCACCACGAAGUGCACCUACACUCCCACCCCCGCCACCGACCGUCUAAUUUCCGCCGCCGCAUACUUCCUCCCACUCUUCAACGGCCUCCAGUACGGGAGAUUCCUGUUCGCACAGUACCCAAUCUUGGCAGCCCCGUUCCAGCCGCUAUUCCCAUUACUCUCUCUCUACCACUCCGUUCCCAGCGCCAGCUUCGUCACCUUCUUCGGAUUGUACCUAGGUGUGGUGAAAAACCCUAAUCUGAGCCGAUACGUGAGAUUCAACGCGCUGCAGGCGCUUGUUCUGGAUGUGCUGCUGGUGUUGCCGGUGUUGGUGCAGAGGAUAUUUACUCCGGGUCGAUCUGGCAUCGCGCUGAAAUUGACUGCUUGGGCCUAUUCUGGGCUUUUUAUGUUCGUGGUGGCCUGUUUUGUAUAUGGGCUUGUAUCCAGUGUUCUCGGCAAGACUCCAUAUCUGCCGCUUGUUGCCGAGGCCGCCGGCCGCCAAUUGGACUGACUUUUUCCUUUGCUUUCAGGCCCUUUUUUUUAUUUUUUUCGUUUACUUUCAGGCCCUUAUUUUAUAUUUUGUCAUGGAAUGAGUCCUUUUUUUUUUUUUUCUUUUUGAAUGUAAUGUUGCAUUGUUUAUGUUGGUUAUCUGCCAAUGCCAUAUAGUUCAAAAGUUGAGUUUGGAUU